AUGGAAGCAGGGAUUAUGGUGGAAACUUUGCCAAUACUAGGCACUUGUAUUUUAUGUCUGAACGAAGGAGUUGUUAAUAGUAUGCUUAUUAAACAUACUAAUGAAAAUAAUAAAGAAUCUUAUACAGAUAUGCUUUUCAAAUGUUUUUGUAUCGACAUGGCAGUAUUAGACUUAGAUGAUACAAAGCGCCUGAUAUGCAAUAGUUGCAUAGAACAGCUUGAAAGUAGCCUCAAGUUUAGACAGCAAGUGGAAACAUCUUUGAAAGCAUUGGAAGUAUCAAUAAGAUUAAAACAAGCCGAUCAAGCAUUUGAAAAUGUUAAAAUUGAAACAGUCUCCGCAGAAAGUAGAGUGGCCUUAAAACAUGUGUUGAACGAUGUUGGUGAUGACUUGGCGUCUGUUAUUGGCUAUUCUAAAAACUUUCAAGAUGAGGAUUCAGAUGAUGAUGUGUUAAGGAAUGUUAAACAAGAAGAUGAUAGUGAUUUUGAUGAUACUGUCUUAAACGAUUUAAUAAUAAAAAAGGAGCCAGAUGAAUAUAGACCGAGGCGGACGAGAAAAAAAAAUUUGAGCACGACGAAAAAAAAAGUUUCCUACUCAGUCAAAAAACAAGCGGAUCUCUCGGAAACGGAAAAAAUGUUGAAAUCCGGUCUUUUUCCCUUUAAAAUGGGUAAAACUGGCUACUCGUGUGCAAUUUGCCCCGAAAAAUCUGCCAUGUUGGAUGAUAUCCAAAAUCAUAUAUUACAGCACAGUGUUACCAACAUACACGUAGCAUUCAAAAAAAUGAUCUCGUCGACUCUGCAAAGAUUUUACAAAUCCAACGGAAAAUUGAGAUGUAAAAUAUGCAGAACGGAAAUUUCUGAUUACGAAGCACUGAAAAAUCAUAUAAAUAAUUGCAUAUCAGUCAAAACUACGGGAUGGAAUAAUUUGCCGUUCAAAUUGGAAAAAGAUCAGUUGGAUUGUCCGAUAUGUGAUAAGAAUUUUUUGAAUUUUGUCAGUUUGAACACCCAUAUGAAUGUACACUAUCCAAAUCAUAUUUGCGAUAGUUGUGGAAAGGCUUUUGCGUCUAAAGCUAGGUUACGAGGACAUAUGAGGACGCAUGAAAUAGGGGAUUUCCCUUGUCGAUACUGCGAUGCGGUUUUCGAUAGAGUAACUAAAAGAGAAAAUCAUGUGUCGAAAGAACAUAAAUCUGGUAUUCGAUAUGCGUGUAAGAGAUGCAACAUAUCGCUCUCCUCUUUCUACGCACGUCAAAAACAUUUGGCCGAAGUUCAUAAUGAAGAACUGAAACGAUACAAAUGCAAAGCCUGUACCCAGAGUUAUAUAACUCCCGGUCAUCUGUCAAGUCAUGUCAGACGAGACCAUCUGAACGAGAGGAACCAUAAGUGCAAUAAAUGUGAUUUAGCGUUCUAUACACGGAAUUCGUUGAAAAUGCACAUGAUAAAACAUGAUGGGGAACGCAUUCAUUCAUGUAACAUAUGUCAUAAGUCGUACCAGAGGAAAAAAACGCUCAGAGAACAUAUGCGUAUACAUAAUAAUGAUAAGAGGUUUAUCUGUCCGGUUUGUGGUCGCGCGUUCACACAAAAAUGUACUUUGAAAGGUCAUUUGAAAGUACACGAACGGAAAGUUGAUCCGGACGAUCGUGUGCCACAGCCUUUACAUUCGAUU